CCAGGCAGUGCAUCUAGAAUCUGCCAUAGGAUAUGUAAACCACAAUGUGGCAAUGGCCCGGAGAGCGGCAAAAGCCUUUGCCAUUGAAACUUCAAAUACAGAGCCUUCCAUCUGAAUCAUUUCAUUUCCCUUUAGCAGUUUGCCUCUGCUGCAGAUGAGAUGAAAGCGGCGUCGUUUGGGGCGGUUAACAGAGCCGCGGCUGGAGCUGCAGGUGCGAGCUCUGGCGGUAAGACGGUAAUGAUUACCGGAGUGAGCAAAGGACUAGGCAGAGCCUUAGCUCUAGAACUAGCCAAGAGAGGUCACACCAUCAUCGGUUGCUCUCGUGCUCAGGAUAAGCUCAAUUCCCUCCAAUCUGAACUCUCCUCCGACCAUAACAACCACCACCUGCUCCUCAUCGCCGACGUGAGGUCUAAUAGUAGCGUCGAAGAGCUGGCAAGAGCUGUAAUAGAAAAGAAGGGUGUUCCAGAUAUCAUAGUGAACAAUGCGGGUACCAUUAACAGAAACAACAAGAUAUGGGAAGUUCCAGAGGAAGAGUUUGACGCUGUAAUUGAUACGAAUGUGAAAGGAAUAGCUAAUGUUUUGCGUCACUUCAUCCCUAUAAUGUUACCAAACAAGCAAGGAAUUAUUGUUAACUUCUCUUCUGGAUGGGGAAGAUCCGGUGCUGCCCUGGUUGCGCCUUAUUGUGCAUCUAAAUGGGCUGUUGAGGGUUUGACCAGAUCAGUUGCAAAAGAGUUGCCUGAUGGGAUGGCAGUUAUUGCACUUAAUCCGGGAGUGAUACACACUGAAAUGCUCCAGUCAUGCUUUGGCACUUCAGCUUCAAUUUACCAGGAACCCGAUGCAUGGGCCUCAAAGGCAGCUACAAUGAUACUCAAUCUAACAGGAGCUGAUAAUGGUGCAUCUCUUACAGUGUGAUGAAAUUUUCUGAGGCUGUAAUGAUGCUCAAAGAGAAGCAUAUGGUAGCACGUCUCUCACUGUGACGAGAGUUCAUCAUCACCAUUUGGGCAUUUAUUCAUUAUGAACAGUAUCACGCCUUUCAAACAAAAAAUUCUUCACCAGUCAAUACUAAAAUUGAAUUACCACGAAUUCCAUAUUUUUUACUGAAAAUAGUCUUUAGGUAGAGGAGGAACUUACUAUGUUCAUUGUUUAUAUGCACUGGUUGGCUGAGGCAAAAGAAUGUGGCGUCUAACCUUUAAGGUCUGAUGGUUGUGAUAUAUGGAUUGAGCUUUUGAUCAUGAAAUUACCUAUAAUCAAUGAGCAGUUGGGGGUAUGUCAUUAA